AUGGUCCCACGGCCCUGCACCACUCUUGCUUCCUCUCUGCUGGCGGUGGGUGGUGCAGAAUGGGGCAAAACGCCCCAAAAAGSCCCCCGGGAAGGCGGCGGUGCGGGCAGUGCCACCAAGUUGUCCCCGCAGGAGCGCCUGAUGCUCUCCAUCCUGCCCAAGCACGUGGCCGACGAGAUGCUCAAGGACAUGAAGAAGGACCCGAGCCAGAAGGAGCUGCAGCAGUUCAACACCAUGUACAUGUACCGGCACGAGAACGUCAGCAUCCUCUUCGCCGACAUCGUGGGCUUCACGCAGCUCUCGUCGUCCUGCAGCGCCCAGGAGCUGGUGAAGCUGCUCAACGAGCUCUUCGCCCGCUUCGACAAGCUGGCGGCGAAGCACCACCAGCUGCGCAUCAAGAUCCUCGGCGACUGCUACUACUGCAUCUGCGGGCUGCCCGACUACCGCGAGGACCACGCCGUGUGCUCCAUCAUGAUGGGGCUGGCCAUGGUGGAGGCCAUCUCCUCCGUGCGGGAGCAGACGCGCACGGCGGUGGACAUGCGCGUGGGCGUGCACAGCGGCACCGUGCUGGGCGGCGUGCUGGGCCAGAAGCGCUGGCAGUACGACGUGUGGUCCACCGACGUCACCGUGGCCAACAAGAUGGAGGCGGGCGGCAUCCCGGGGCGCGUGCACAUCUCGCAGAGCACCCUGGACUGCCUGCGCGGCGAGUUCGAGGUGGAGCCCGGCGAGGGCGGCUCGCGCUGCGACUACCUCAAGGAGAAGGGCAUCGCCACGUACCUCGUGGUGGUGCCGCGGGCGCCGCUGCGCGGCGGCGUCAACGCC